CCCAAGAGCUGCAGCAAGAUGAGAGUUUUAUUGGUGAUUGGAUGCCUAGUGGUGAUUGCUGGCUGCACGCUGGGCCGAGCAACCUUCGCCGAAGAUCAACUGGAAACGGAGUGGAACUCCUAUAAGAGCGAGUUUGGCAAGAUCUACGAUGAGUCGGAGGAGUGGUUGCGCAAGCUGAUCUUCCGGGAUAAUAAGAAAAUCAUCGAUGCACACAACGAACGCUGGGCCGCAGGAGAUGAGAGCUACGAGAUGGGUCUGAAUCAGUUCUCAGACAUGUUGCCAAAGGAGAUCAGCGAAAGGCUGGGAACAGAUGCUGAAAUAGGCUUGGAUGAAGAUGUGGAAGUGGAUAUGGAGUCCUAUGAUUGGAGCGAUUAUGGAGACUUUAAGAUGGUACCCUCGGUAAACUGGACCCAUAUGGGUGCAGUUACGCCCGUCGCGUUUCAGGGACACUUCAACAGCUCCUGGGCCUUUGCCGCAGCUGGCGUGACGGAGAGCCGUCAGUUCCUUAAGUCCGGAAAACUUCCAGUGCUCUCCAAGCAAAACCUUGUCGACUGUUGCAGGGGCAAUGACAAUAUGGUUCCACGAGCUCUGGUGUGCAUUAAGAAGUUGGGCGGCAUUGACACGGAGGAAUCGUACCCCUACCGUGGACUGACUGGCAAGUGCUCCUUCAAGAGGAAGUAUGUUGGUGCCCGAAUCGACAAGAUUUUCAGAGUGAAUCCGGGAAACGAACAAGCUUUGGCCCGCAGCGUGACCCGGGGUCCGAUUGCCGCUGUCAUUUCAUUCACAGGGCUUAUGCACUACAAGAGCGGUGUCUACAACGAUCCCCACUGUGGAGAAAAGAGCAAUUAUGCUGUGCUCAUCGUGGGCUACGGCCAUUGCAAGCACUUCGGAGACUAUUGGAUCCUCAAGACUUCUCUGGGCCCUCACUGGGGAGAGAAUGGCUACUUGAGGCUGGCACGCAACAAGAACAAUCUCUGCGGCAUUGCCAACAAUGCCCUCUAUCCAGAAGUGGUUUAG